UCUCUAAUAAUCAGGCAUACAUAACAGGAAGAGGGAAGUACAGUUUCUCACAGAUGGAAGCUUUAGUUACAUCGGGGACCUUUUAAUACGAUUUCAAUCUGUAUUUUCCAGAAAUACAGGAUUUUCUGAUAACAUAGACAGAGAAAAAAUACCAAGACGAAGAGAUAUUUGAGUCUAAUUUUAAAGACAGUCCUUAACUUCAGAUUGUUGUGACAGCAGUAAGUGAAAGUGAAACUAAACUGCAAAUUUAAGAUCAGAUCAGACUGAGGCAGAAUGGCGUCUGGAUCUACUCUCCUGGAAGAGGAGCUCUCCUGUCCUGUGUGCUCUGAAAUCUUCAGGGAUCCUGUUGUCCUGAGUUGCAGUCACAGCUUCUGUAAGGCCUGUCUACAGAAGUACUGGGGACAGAAGGGAUCUCAGGAGUGCCCAGUUUGCAGGAGAAGAUCUUCUAAGGCUAAUCCUCCCUGUAACCUGUCCCUCAGGAAUGCCUGUGAGGCGUUCUUGAAGGAGAGAAGUCAGAGAGCUAAAGCAGGAUCUGAAGUGCUCUGCAGUCUGCACGGAAAGAAACUCACACUCUUCUGUUUAGUGGAUCAAAUUCCCGUCUGCCUUGUCUGCCAAACUUCAAAAAAACAUGAAAACCACAAAAUGCGACCAGUUCAGGAGGCUUCAGAAGAGUAUAAGGAGAAACUCAGGACUGCACUGGCUCCACUGCAGGAGAAGCUAAACACCUUUAAUGAAGUGAAACUAGUCUGUGAUCAAACAGCAGAGCACAUCAAGAGUCAGGCCCAGCACACAGAGAGACAGAUAAAGAUGGAGUUUGAGAAACUUCAGCAGUUCCUAAAAGAUGAAGAGGCAGCCAGAAUCACUGCACUGAGGGAGGAAGAGAAGCAGAAGAGUCAGCUGAUGAAGGAGAAGAUUGAGAAGAUGACAGAAGAGAUAUCAUCCCUUUCAGAACAAAUCAGAGCCAUAGAACAGGAGCUGGGGGCUGAAGACGUCUCAUUCCUGCAGAGCUACAAAGAUGUGGAGAAACGAGCCCAGUGCACACUGGCGGAUCCAGAGAAGGUCUCAGGAGUGCUGAUUGAUGUGGCCAAGCACCUGGGAAAUCUGAAGUACAGAGUGUGGGAGAAGAUGCUGGGGACUGUUCAAUACACUCCUGUGACUCUGGACCCAAACACAGCACAUCCUGAGCUCUUACUGUCUGAGGAUCUGACCAGUGUGAGACGCAGUGGUGAGAGACAGCAGGUUCCUGAAAAUCCAGAGAGAUUUGAUGACUGCCGGUUUGUGCUGGGCUCUGAGGGAUUCAGCUCAGGGAGACACUGCUGGGAUGUAGAUGUGGGGGAUGGAGAUUACUGGGCGGUGGGUGUGGCUAAAGAGUCCAUCAGCAGGAAAGGGUUUAUGAAUCUGAGCCCAGCAGGAGGAAUGUGGGGUAUACUGCGGCGCUCUCAGCGUUAUUACGCCCUGACCUCCCCACAUACACCCCUCACUGUGCAGAGGGAACCCCAGAGGGUCAGAGUGCAGCUGGACUGGGACAGGGGGGAGGUGUCAUUCUCUGACCCCAGUGACAACACUCCUCUCUACACUUUUAAACACUCCUUCAAUGAGAGAGUGUUUCCAUUCUUCUGGCCUAUUUCUCUGCAGAUCUGUCCACUGAAGGUGUCUGUAAGAGUGGAAUAUAUGAACACAGACAGAGACAAAUUCUCCACUCAUAUGCUGGGUUUGGGUUCAGUUCAAACAGAAUUCAGCAGAUCAAAAACUACAGAUUCAGCAGAAGCCAUUACUGAGCUCAGAACAGAGAAAGACAGAAUGGCGUCUGGAUCUUCUCUCCUGGAAGAGGAGCUCUCCUGUCCUGUGUGCUCUGAAAUCUUCAGGGAUCCUGUUGUCCUGAGUUGCAGUCACAGCUUCUGUAAGGCCUGUCUGCAGCAGUGCUGGGAACAGAAGGGAUCUUGGGAGUGCCCAGUGUGCCGGAGAAGAUCUUCUAAGGAUAUACCUCUCUCGAACCUGUCUCUGAGGAAUGCCUGUGAGGCUUUCUUAAAUGAGAGAAGUCAGAGAGCUAAAGCAGGAUCUGAAGUGCUCUGCAGUCUGCACACUGAGAAACUCAGACUCUUCUGUUUGGAUGAUGAUGACCCCAUUUGUGUUGACUGUUUAAGAGAAAAACACAGAAAUCACAACUUCUGUCCAAUAGAGGAGGCUGCUCUGAAAUAUAAGGAGAAACUCAGGACUGCACUGGCUCCACUGCAGGAGAAGCUUAAAGCCUUUAAUGAAGUGAAACUAAUCUGUGAUCAAACAGCAGAGCACAUCAAGAGCCAGGCCCAGCACACAGAGAGGCAGAUAAAGAUGGAGUUUGAGAAACUUCAGCAGUUCCUAAAAGAUGAAGAGGCAGCCAGGAUCGCUGCACUGAGGGAGGAAGAGGAGCAGAAGAGUCAGAUGAUGAAGGAGAAGAUUGAGAAGAUGACAGAAGAGAUAUCAACCCUUUCAGAACAAAUCAGAGCCAUAAAACAGGAGCUGGGAGCUGAAGACGUCUCAUUCCUGCAGAGCUACAAAGAUGUGGAGAAACGAGCCCGGUGCACACUGGCGGAUCCAGAGAAGGUCUCAGGAGCGCUGAUUGAUGUGGCCAAGCACCUGGGCAAUCUGAAGUGCAGAGUGUGGAAGAAGAUGCUGGGGACUGUUCAAUACACUCCUGUGACUCUGGACCCAAACACAGCACAUCCCAACCUCUCACUGUCUGAGGAUCUGACCUGUGUGAGACGCAGUGAUGAGAGACAGCAGGUUCCUGAUAACCCAGAGAGAUUUGAUAGGGGGCUGUGGUGUGUGCUGGGCUCUGAGGGAUUCAGCUCAGGGAGACACUGCUGGGAUGUAGAAGUGGGGGAUGAUGACUGGGUGGUGGGUGUGGCUGAAGAGUCCAUCAGAAGGAAAGGGGUUGUGAAUUGGAGCCGAGCAGGAGGAGUGUGGAGUAUACUGCAGCGCAGUGGGGCAUACACAGCCCUGACCUCCCCACGUACAGCCCUCACUGUGCAGAGGAAACCCCAGAGGAUCAGAGUGCAGCUGGACUGGGACAGGGGGGAGGUGUCAUUCUCUGACCCCAGUGACAACACUCCUCUCUACACUUUUAAACACUCCUUCACUGAGAGAGUGUUUCCAUUCUUCUGGCCUGAUUCUCUGCGGAUCUGUCCACUGAAGUUGUCUCUAAGAGUGGAAUAGUGCUGUGGUUUGUGGGCAAGGAUUCGCUUUGACAAGAUUAAUGAGCAUAUUUGCGGAUAAUAUCUUUUACAAUAUUUUAUUGAAUCAUUUUCAAAAUAUAGAUCCAUUUCUGCAGCAGUUCAUGAUGAAUGUAUCUUUGAAAUCUCAUGAUGCAGUAAAAAUCAGGUUGAAAGAACUGCAUUCCAUCACAUCUGAGCAGGAUUAAUUAAAAUAUUUGCUAUACGGUGGUGGUGUAAGUGUGUGGGUUUGUGUGUAAUCAGUUUAAUUGUA